AUUAUGGCUAAACUUUUACAUUGUAACAAUCGUGCUUCACCACCUCUCCCAUCAGAUAACACAAUUCCACCAAAUUCUGACGAAACACGAGGUCCAUUGGUAGGAAUGUUUUAACUUUCACUAUUCAAUCGCAACUGAUAAUAUUUUCAGGAAUUCCGUAUGGGUUACAGAUUGAUAAUUCCACUAUCGCUGAACGAAUCGAUCCGCUACGAACUGUUUAUCGUUUGAAACUCGAAGAGCCAUCCAUUCUUGAUUAUAUCCAGUUUUGUUUAUUCGAUUGGUAUUCCAAAAAAAUUUCAACUCUUAUCCAUAUCUCAAAACUUUCUAUCCAGAAUGGUUUCUACCUUCUACAGUUAUUCUCAAAAAACGUAAGCUUGAUUGGGAUGACGAGUUUGAGGUUGAAAAACAAAUGUAUCAUUGCCUUCAGUCUCUUCAAGGAAGAUUCAUACCUUGUUUUUAUGGAGAAGCAAUAUAUGAUGGAUCACCAGCAUUGGUUUUAUCCGAAAUCAUCGGUCGAAAAUUAUAUGAUCUCACGAUGAAAUAUGAAGAACAUAAUGAAUUUGAAAGAAAGUUAGAAGAGGUUUAUAAAGCAUUAAUUAUAUAUGGAAUAACUCAUAGAGAUCCUGCUUUAUAUAAUGCAAUCGAUGUUGGGAAUCGAAUAAUGAUUGUUGAUUUGGAACAAUCAAGAACUGAGGAGAUAGAAUGGGAAGAAAGUAUUAAUAAAGGUAAUGCGGGAUACUUAAUGUAUCAGCUUCAAUUGAAUCGUCAAUAUGAGGAGGAGGAAAUGCAAAGAAAAGAAGAGGCAAUGAAAACAGAAGAAGAGGAAAUAAGAAAAAGGAUGGGAAAAAGCAGGUAUAGUUGGAAAAGCCUGAUUUAUUACUCUUCUAAUAUAUUGUUAGGCUUCCGAACUUGGCAUACUCAGGUCGACGAGAAGAAGAUAGUGUCGUAUUGGGACAAGGGAAGGGUUGAACAAUGCUUUCUUUGCUAACUGAUUGGAAAACAAGGCAAAUAUAGGUGGCUAAGUAUUAAGUUCCUAGUUGUAAUAGACGGGCAGAGUAGACUGUAAUGAGGGUUGGCAUUAUGGAGAAAAGUAGUAUGAAAUAUAGUCAUCACCUUUUAAGUUUUAUAGAAUAUUAUACUUGAAUCGCUGCUUGCAUCCUAUACGGGAGGGC